UACUUCGAUUUCUUGCCCCAACUUCCUGGGUUGCUUAUGAUAGAUUCCCUUAAUUGGACUUUGCCGUUUAUAUAUAAAUGUCUAGUUAAUAGCAAAGUACCUAUUAGCUUGUCAUUAAGGUAGUUGUCUAAUAUAAAGUAUUGUUCAUGUCUAAGGGCUGCAAUUACUAGGCAAAAUAUUCUUUAAUGUAAAUUUAAACACGUCAAUUACUAACCAGCCCUUGAUCAUGUCAAGCGCUUGUCUGGACCCUUGAAUGUUCUGGUCACUGGUAAUAUGAUCUAUAUAAGGAAUUACUAUGCCUGCAACAAACCCCUUUCUCAGUUAGGUUUUCAAUGGCUACUUUCAUUAACUGAAAUUAUUUCAAACAGUGAUUUUUGUUUUCUGACCGUACAAUCCUGAGGCUUCUUGCAAUGGACAAGUCACUUGCCAUUGAUCUUCCUGAUCAUGACUUUUCAAGCCCAGGAAGCACUAACAAACAUGUUGUAGUUGUGAUGGAUGGGAUGACAGAGUUUACAACAGAUACUCUUCAAUGGGCACUUGACAAUGUAGUUACUGCUGGGUGCAUCGUCACUCUUCUAGGAGUCAUGCCAUGGCUUAACAUUCCACUGUUUUUGAAGACAAGAAAUGUAUUUUGGACGGAGGAAUUGGAAGAUGCACAUCCAGAUCCAGUGAAGGAGAAAAAUGGGUGCGGAAAUGAUGUAAAGUGUCUGAAGCGUCAAGCGGUUAUAGAUCUUUGCAGAAAGUAUGGGGUUGUGCUACAGAAGAAAAUUGUAAUGGGUUAUCCUCUGCGACUGUUGGUUGUGGAGCAAGUUGCCACCCUUUCUCCAACAUGGGUCGUCUUUGACGGAUCUCAUAAAAGGAACAAAGAUUUCUAUGCUAAAAAAAUUCCAUGCAACAUUUUCAUGAUAAAUGGUGAUGGAAGGGUUGACAUGAUCAAAAGCAUGCGGAUGACUGAUAUUCCUAGAGAAUUGGCACCGUCUACGCCUCAAAUGACAGUGUCUGAGGAAUCAAAGAAUAAGUGAAGAGAUGACAAAUAUAUGCCUCAAGAGGGUAACUCACUUAGUCAAAGUCAAGGGUGUUGGAAAGUAAACUCAGAAAUAACAAGAACAGAGUAUUCGCAUAUAUACUAUUUUGUAUUCUAUUUAACAUACCAAUACCAAUAAAUAAUGAAUAUGCAGAUAGUGUAAAGAUCUUUUUACACUUUUUAUUUAAUUACUUUA